AUGCUCGAAGGCUUCGACGGCGUCAGGGACGACCCCGACGACGCAGCCUUCAAGUACCACGAGCGAAUGGCUCUCAGACACGGUUUCGAGGAAGUCUACAAUUCGGAGUACUACAUGAAUUUGCUGGCUCAGAACUUCUAUAUCUACUUCGACGACAAGAGACAUGAGACAGCCGGCAACCCAAAACCUCCAUCUUUAUCCUCUUCGGCCGAUGCAAGUCUUCCGGACUGGCGUAUGAAAGACCGUCAGAAAACAGUGUCGGCUGCGAUAGUGCUCUGUCUCAACUUGGGUGUUGACCCCCCGGACGUGGUCAAGACGGACCCUUGUGCGAAGCUCGAAGCGUGGGUUGAUCCCAGCGAUCACAAUGAUGCCAAGAAGGCCCUAGAGCUGAUUGGCAAAAAUCUACAAGCACAGUAUGAAACGCUCAGUAUGCGGACGAGAUACAAGCAGAGCUUAGAUCCGAACGUGGAGGACGCCAAACGGUUUUGUAUCAGUUUGCGCCGUGGGGCCAAAGACGAGCGGAUACUCUUUCACUACAAUGGGCACGGCGUGCCGCGACCAACGCCGUCGGGAGAGAUUUGGGUGUUCAAUAAAGGAUAUACGCAGUAUAUUCCUGUUUCGAUCAUGGAUCUGCAGACGUGGCUGGGCGCGCCAUGUCUGUUCGUAUACGAUUGUCACGCAGCGGGAAACAUCGUCAAGAACUUUAACAGAUUUGUCGAGCAGCGAAUCGUGGACGACAAACUGCGAAGUCGCGAUCCGAACAGUAACGUUCCGAUGCCGGCGUUCCCUGGAGUCAUGUACAGAGAGUGCAUACAAUUAGCAGCAUGCAGAGCAAACGAGAGUCUACCUUUAAAUCCUGAUCUGCCGAUGGAUCUAUUCACGUGCUGCCUCACAACCCCCAUCGAAAUUGCUAUCCGGUGGUUUAUCCUACAGUCGCCGUUACCGAGAGACAAGAAGAAUUUAGAUGUCACUAUUCCCGGACGGUUAGCAGAUCGAAGAACUCCUUUAGGAGAACUAAAUUGGAUCUUUACAGCAAUCACAGACACUAUCGCUUGGUCGCAGCUUGAGCCUCCACUGUUCAAGAAGCUAUUCAGACAAGAUCUAAUGGUAGCUGCGCUCUUUCGAAAUUUUUUGCUAGCCGAAAGAAUCAUGAGAGUACAUAACUGCCAUCCUGUCUCUGAGCCUGCGCUACCGCCAACUCACAAUCACCCAAUGUGGGAGUCAUGGGAUCUAGCUGUUGAUCAGUGUCUAGCUCAACUGCCUAUGCGUGAAGCUGCCGAGGAAGGCGGACAGACAUACGAGUACAAGCAUUCGACAUUUUUCGAGGAGCAGCUCACUGCUUUUGAGAUAUGGCUGAAGUACGGGUCCAAGACCAAGAGACGGCCGGAGCAGCUGCCGGUUGUCUUGCAGGUCUUAUUGUCACAGGUGCACCGUCUGAGAGCCCUUAUUCUGCUAAGUAGAUUCCUGGAUCUCGGGCCAUGGGCAGUAUAUCUGGCGUUGUCCAUCGGAAUCUUCCCUUAUGUCUUGAAGCUUCUGCAGUCUCCUGCUCAGGAAUUGCGGCCGGUAUUGGUGUUUAUUUGGGCCAGAAUCAUGUCGGUGGAUUACCAGAAUAUUCAACAAGAGCUUUUGAAAGACAACGGAUGCAGUUACUUCAUUCAGAUCCUUACCUCCAAAGACGGGCUUCCGACCGGUGCCGAGAACGCUGGAGAGCACUACGCCAUGUGCGCGUUCAUCAUCGCUCUCUUCUGUCGGGGAAACAAGGCUGCUCAAAGAGCUUGCAUGGGAUCAGAUGUACUACAAGCCUGUUUGCUGCACAUCCAGGAUCCCGAUUGUGCGCUUCUUCGACAGUGGGCAUGCUUGUGUAUCUCGCAGCUGUGGGACAACAAUACUGAAAUGAAAUGGAUAGGUGUUCGGGAAGACGCGCCAGCGAAGCUUGUGGUUUUGCUGGAUGACCCUGUGCCAGAAGUGCGAACUGCAGUUUUGGUUGCGUUAUCGACAUUCCUCGAGACUUCAGAGUCCGGGGGAGUGCCGGAUUACGUCGAGGAACUUGAAGCUAGGGAGUCGCAGAUUGCGUUUGCUACUUUGAAGCUAACAGGCGACGGUUCCGGAAUGGUACGCAAGGAGAUUGUGGUUUUGUUUUCACGAUUUGUGAAGCACUACGCGUCAAAGUUCAUUGUUAUUGCUUUCAGACAGUUGGAAGUCGAUAGGCAGCAGUAUAAGAGCAUGAAUGGAAUGGCCAGUGACUCCGCCAGUUCGACAUCAUUCUCAUCUCUCGACUUCCCCCGGAGCACCAUUUUUGUUGGAGUCUGGAAGGCUCUGCUAGUCCUGUCUACAGACCCGUUCACUGAAGUUGGGGAUAUGGCGUCGCUGGUAGUUGACUAUGUCUACUUGCUUCUGCUGAACUCACCCUUAGCUCGUGUAUCUGAAGAGCUGUUGGAAAGCGCUCGAGGUUCCCAGAUGAGACACGCCUCUUCUUCGGGAGAGUCUACAGAUUCCGACACGUCUAGCGUCUCCUCGCAAUCAACAUUCUCCUCCCCGCAGAGGCAAGUGUCUGCUGGAUCGUCGUCCGUUCUCGCUUCCACCCUUCGUCGCUCUGUUUCGAUCGCGACGUCGUUCCGAAACCUUGCUCUGGGAUAUAACGAGAACGACAGUCCUGUAACGGAACCUAAUCAGCCACCGACUGCCAACGGCAUUUCAGUCUCCACGGUCCCAUACGGAACCGGCAUCCGGCCCAAAACUGCCAGAUAUAACCGACGAUCGACGCACGAGCCGAUUACAAUGCCACUUCAGAGCGGGUUCUUCGAUUGGAGCUGCGAAUACUUCCAGGAGCCACAGAUGAGCCAGCCGGAGAUGGACGAACCCGGAAGUAUGGAGUAUAAUCGACGACUCUGGCGGCGCACCAGAAACGAGAAAACGCUUGCUUAUACGCAGCCGCAGAAGGAGCUGGCCGCGCACUCUUCGUGGAAUUACCAGAUCGGAUUCAUUAAUAACGCGACGCAGCCUACGAAGCUUGUGUUUGCUCAGUUCGAACCUCAUCUUAUUGUUGUCGAUGAUCGCGACGGUGUUGCGGUUUGGAAUUGGCCUGAAAACAAGAAGCUUAACCGGUUCUGCAACAUGAACCCACCAGGAACCAAGAUCACAGAGGCCAAGCUGAUCAAUGAGGACGACGUUCCUCUUCUGAUGACGGGUGCUGGCGAUGGAGUUAUCCGACUGUAUCGCAACUACGAAUCUGAGGAUAAGAUCGAGCUGGCGUGCGCGUGGCGUGCGCUGACAGACAUGCUGCCUUCUAAUAGAAGUAGUGGAUUGGUAGCUGACUGGCAGCAAGGACGUGGAACGAUGCUUGUCGGUGGAGACGUCAAGGUGAUUCGUCUAUGGGACGCGCCGCGAGAGCUGUGCAUGGCGGAUAUUCCUGCCCGGUCAGGAAGUCCAAUCACCAGUCUGACGUCAGACCAGGUCGCAGGACAUGUGUUUAUUGCCGGAUUUGGUGACGGUGCGCUGCGCGUGUACGAUCGGCGAAUCGAUCCCAGAGAGGCUAUGGUCAAGGUGUGGAAAUACCACAAGAGUUGGGUGCUCAAUGUUCAUAUGCAGCGUGGAGGUGCUCGUGAGCUCGCUAGUGGAAGUGUUGACGGAAUGGUGCAUCUAUGGGACUUGAGAAGCGACGAGCCUGUGCUCAGUUUCCAAUCUCACGCACGGGGAAUGCGAGCACAUUACGUGCAUGAACAUGCUCCAAUCCUUGCCACUGGCUCGCAAACAGUCAAGAUCUGGCGUCUUACAGGCGAGAACACAGCGACGGUGAAGAACAACAGCGGAUACAUGCUGCAGAACCGAUUGUCGUACGUUUCCGCGCUCGCGUUCCACCCGCACCGAAUGGUUAUGGCUGUGAACAAUUCGCAUGAUUCCCAUAUCGGCGUGUAUAACUGCACGGCGAACUUGGUCCAUGACUUUUCUUGA